AUGAUGAUGCCCCACCAGAUGGACUUUGCCACGACGCCGCCGCCCCAGUCGGCGGGCAUCGAGGGCUCGGGCCGCGGCGCCAGCAGCAGCGGCAGCAGCUCGCACCACCACGGCAGCCACCCACACCACCACCACUCCUACAACGCCAGCAGCAGCCACAACAGCAACGGCCACCCGAACGCGACGCCCACGCCCACUCCCGGCCCGCCGACGACGACCAUGACGGCGUCGGGCGAGAAGCAGCGCCACAUCUCGUCCAUCAACCGCUCCCAGAGGAGCCGCGAGCGCCGGCAGGAGGUGCUCAAGCACUGGUACCCGUGCGAGCGUUGCAUCAAGCAGGGCAUCGCCUGCGUCCCGCCCCCGCUCCUCGACCCGACGGGAAAGCAGUCGUCGAAGCUGAAGCGGUGCAUGCACUGCGCCUCGCCGACCAUCAACUGCGCCUGCUCCACGGGCAAGGCCCUCUGGCACCAGAUCCAGCUACCCCCCACCAAGAAGCGCAAGCAGAGCGCAGGGGGCGGCGGCAGCACCAGCGCCUACUCGAUGCCCUCGGCGGCCACGUCGCAGGCCAACGCGUCCAGGGACCUCCUCAUCAGCGGCACCCGCGCCGCCAUCCUCAACGCCCGCACCGAGAUGGACGAGAACCCGGAAAGCAAGAACCUGGUGGCCAAGCUCGCCCUCAGCAACAUCGAGGCCCUCUUCAGGCAACUCGACCCCGACUUCCCCAAGGUUGCUGUCCCCGCCGAGUAA